AUGGAUAGACCAACACAAAAAAUACCGAUGGGGGACAAAGAUGACGAACACAGGCAAAACAUACAGGAAAAUGAGAAGGAAAACGAUUCAAAACCGAAUGGGGGAGAACAGUCGCUAGACGACUUUAGAAAGGAUGAAGAAGAAGAAAUGACCAGUUUCGAAAAAGAACUCUUAAGCACACACAACGAACGAAGGAGAAUGAAUAGGUCGACUGUCCAAAAGCAGUCAACAUUAGUCGGGGAGACAAUCGAUUUAGAAGACAGCGAGAACGACAAGGAAGAUAUAGGAGAGGAAAAAUCGCAGGCGGAUGCAGAAGAAAUGGAGGAAGGAUGGCGAAAUGCCCUUCAACAGAGUGUGCUAGCCACCAUCUUGCUUGAAGAAGAAAGAGAUGGAGGGAGUAUAAACACAAAAAAAAAGAAAGGGGGACAGCAUAGACAGCGUAGAAAAGAAACGUAUUUCACGAUAACGCGUUUAGAUCCGGGGGUUAGUGAAAAAAGCCUAAAAAAAUCCAUAAGAAGCUACACGGGCAUCCCAGAGGAGGAAGUUGAUGUAAGAGUCCUUAGAACAAAUAAAUAUGGGGAGCAAGUAGCCACAAUAACCGUACGACCCUCCAAAGCAGAGGAGUUGAGGAAGUACGGCUCGAUAAAGGUAGGUUGGGUGAUAUGCCCAGUCAUGGAGAGGCACAACCCGAUACGGUGCUACAAGUGUCUUAAGUUCGGUCAUAAUACAUAUGACUGCAAAGAAGAAAGUAGAGCAGCUUGUUGUUACAACUGCCUGAAAAAUGGACACACGGCAGUAAAUUGCACAAACAAAGCCUUUUGUUUAGUGUGCAAGGAGGAGGGGCACAGGAUGGACAGGAUGGCCUGUCCAGCCUACAGAGCCCUAGUUUACGGAAGGAGAGGAGAGGGAGAACCCCCCUUAGAAAACGAAUAA